AUGCAAGAAGCCUCAGAGAAAGGUUACCAACUCGGAGUUGAUGUUGGCGGGACAUUUACAGACGUUUACGUGUUCACCUCCCAUGAACAAACAGUGCGAGUAAAGGUCCCAACAACCAUACCAGAUCAAAGCAUUGGGAUCCAACAGGGUAUCGCCAAAGCCCGUGAAUUGGUCAAAGAAAAAUUCGGCUGGUCGGGGACUUUCCAAUUCAUUCACCAUGGCACGACAACCGCAACAAAUGCAGUCCUUGAAGGGAAGGGCGCCCGCACCGCGUUAAUUGUGACGGCUGGCCAUAAGGAUAUAUUGGCUUUGCGUCGCUCCCAGAUCCCAGGUGGAUUGGGUGCAUGGCUGCACUGGACACCACCCGACCCUAUAGUACCACUUGAGCGAGUUGUUCAAUGCAAAGAACGCAUGUCCGUGCAGGGCGAAACAGUAACGCCAGUUGAUAUCGAGGAUCUACGACGGGGUUUGAAAGAUCUGGCGCGACAGAAACCAGAAGCAGUCGCUAUCUCGCUACUGAACUCGCAUAGCAACGAGGAUCACGAACGAGUCAUUGCAAGAAUAGUCCGCGAGGAACUGGGGGCUGAUAUCGCUAUCAUUUGUUCUGCAGAUGUCCUGCGUGAAGUUGGAGAGUAUGAGCGGACGGUCACAACCUGCACGAAUACCUUGGUAAAGCCGGUUGUUGAGAAAUACCUGCAUAAUCUGUCUGAGGCGCUUGCAACAGAAAGUGAAACCAUUCGGGUUCUUAAAAGCGAUGGUGGUUUGACCAGUCUGACUCUCGCUUCUGAGUUGCCGGUCAACAUCCUCAUGUCGGGACCUGCAGGAGGCGUCAAGGGAGUGGCAGAUGUUGUGGCUCGGAGCACUCCGUACAAGAAUCUGAUUACCUUGGACAUGGGAGGAACUUCUACCGACUGCGCACUAAUUUACGAUGGCCAGCCUCAGCUCCGACGGGAGACUGUUGUAGGGAGUCUAUCUGUUCGAGCGCCCGCAGUUGAUAUCAAGACCGUAGGGGCUGGUGGAGGGUCAAUCACAACUUAUAUGGAGCUCACGGAGACCUUGCGGGUAGGCCCCGAGAGCGCUGGCGCAGCACCCGGACCUGCAUGCUAUGGAAAAGGUGGAAAGCAAGCCACUGUCACGGAUGCGAAUCUGGUCCUGGGAUAUUUACCCAAAACCUUGCUAGGUGGUGAGUUCGCGUUGGAUGUCCAGGCUGCUAUAAAUGCCGUCGAGGAUAUUGCGAACCGGAUGAAGCUUCCGGUCAUCCAAACAGCGGAGGAUAUAAUCACAAUCAUCAAUGAGACAAUGUAUGGUGCCUUGCGUCUUGUAUCUGUGGAGCAGGGUUAUGACCCUCGUGAAUUUGCUCUGGUCGCUUUCGGUGGUGCCGGCCCUCUGCAUGCAAAUGCCGUCGGUCAACUUCUUGGGGCCUGGCCUGUGAUCAUCCCGCCUUCGCCUGGAGUCUUAUGUGCACAGGGUGAUGUGACUACUAAACUUAGACACGAACAAUCUGCCACCUUCAUUCGUAUUGUCUCCGGGACCACUGUUGUCGAGGCACGGGAACAGUACCAAAGGCUAGCGCAAGAGUGUCAGGAUACUUUAUCGAGAACGGCGGGUGAUCUGUGGCCCUUGUCAUGGAAAACUGAAUACCAAGCAGAUCUUCGGUACAAAGGUCAAGCUUUGAUGAUAACGAUUGUUCUGACUAAAGAUGACUUGGCCCUGAAUACUGAGAAAUGGCAUGACGUGUUGCGACAAAAGUUCGAUCAACAGCAUCAGCAGAUGUUCACUUACUGCUUACCCGACUUUGAACUUGAAUUGAUGAGACUGGGAGUUGUGUUAGAAGACGCCUCGCCUGGUAUUGACAUUCCUCAAGUUGGCAAAGCCACAAUUCCCCCUCCAGAUGCAAAGAUUGGCGAGCAGAAUAUUAUCGUCCAAGGCGAGGAGAAUUUGGCAACCCUGUGGGAUCGCCAGAAGAUUAGCAAGCAGGGUAUUCAAGUAACGGGUCCGUGUAUCAUCUCUGAAAUGGACAGCAACACACUCAUCUUGCCUGGGUACUAUGGUGAAAUCGAUCACAUCGGAAAUAUCUUGAUCAACCCUGUGGAAAAGAAGCCCACCGUUGCUACCACACACACUUGCGAGUCAGCCAAAGAGCUUGUCAAGAGCACCCCGUUGAUUCCUACACUGAUAUCCGCGACUCUGGCCUCCAUUCGUGGCGAGAUGGACAAGAUGAUGCUACGAUGCAGCAUGUCCCCUGCUAUUCGAGAGCAGCAGGAUGAAUUCAACGUAAUAACCGACCGUGAGGGCAAAAUGCUGGUUGGUCAGUUUGGGAGUUUCAUCACACAGUUCCUCGAUAUUUGGGACGGUACAAUCGAAGAGGGGGAUGUGUUUAUCACUAACGACACCUACCAAGUGCAGGGUGCCAUCAGCCACCUCAAUGACAUUAUCGCCUUCUUGCCCAUCUUUCACAACAGUCAGAUCAUUGGCUUCGCAUCGCAAUUUGGGCAUUUGACUGAUGUGGGAGGUAUCGUUCCCGGAAGUAUGUCAAUCAACGCGACGUCUGUCUUCGAUGACGGUGUGCAGAUUCCAUGCAUAAAGCUGUACACCCGUGGUGUGAUGAACACGGAUCUGGUUGAUCUUCUUUGUCGAAACUCUCGGCAACCGGCAUGGUAUCGCUCUGACCUGACUGCUAUUGUAGCAUCCUGUUCUAUGGCUGCUACCAGAGUUCGAGAGCUGACCACCCGUUUCGGCACUGAAGUAUACCUGGCUGCCUGCUCGGAGCUGCUGUACCGGAACCGAACUGGGUUUGCAAAGAUUAUCGAGCGCCAAUUUGAUGAUCUGGAAAGCAAAUUCACAGACUUCGUCGAUGAUGAUGGCCACGGUGUUGGACCUUGGGCACUCACCUGCUCUAUGAAAAGGGUAGAGGGCAACGGGCUUCAGUUUGACUGGAGUGGCACUUCCCCACAGAGCGAGCAUAGUAUCAACUUCUAUCUCUCGGAGACAAUGUUCAAGAUGUUCAUUGGCUACUACCUCAUUGCAGCCGCUGCCCCGGGUACUGUUAUCAAUGACGGUUUCCAUGACUUGAUUGAUGUGCACAUCCCCCAAGGAUCUGUUCUCAAGCCUGUUCGCCCUGCGCCAAUCUCAUGCCGCACUCACUUCCUUGGACGCACCUUGGACAUCGUACAAGCUCUGAUUGGCCAAAAGCAAGACUCCUACCAGGCUGCAGCUGGAUUCAGUGACUCACCCCAUUUCUUUUACUCUGGUUUUAAGCCGGAUGGGGAGUGGUAUCAGCUCUACCAGAUUGGAUUUGGAGGUGUUCCUGCACGACAAGCCGGCGAUGGACCUGAUUGCCACUGUCUCUUCCCUGCUAUCAAAUCCAUUCCCACAGAGAUAAUAGAGCUCAACUACCCGUUGCGCAUUGAAGCCAAUGAGAGCGUUGCUGAUAGUGGUGGUGCCGGAUACUACCGGGGCGGUAAUGCUCAGCGCACGCUAUACCGAUUCCUGGCUCGUGGGGAGUUCAGUCUCCACGAUGACCGGUGGUUCACCAAGCCAUGGGGGUUGAAGGGUGGAAAGCCGGGACAACGAUCGCGAAAAAUGCUCUACCGGUACUCUAAGUCUGAGGACAGUCCUCCAACAGAGAUUUUGCCUUCAAAAUGUGAUCAUAUUCGUGUCGAUCCGGGUGAUCUUCUUGAGUGGGUGACUUGGGGUGGAGGUGGAUUGGGUGAUCCUUUGACACGUCCGGCAAGAAAGGUGGCAUUGGAAGUACAUCGGAAGCUGGUCACAAUUGAGGGAGCUCGUUUUGCGUAUGGUACCGUUGUCAAGGACGAUUUCACUGUGGAUGAAGUUGAGACAGAGGCAUUGCGGGCCCAGAUGCGGAUGGCACGUAGCCACCUUAGUGAAUCGUCCAUCUAUGACCGUGGAGGAAGCCUCGAGCAAUUACGCGAAGCGUGUUUGCGCGAGACCGGACUUGAUGCCCCGUUACCUCAGUGGGAAACCGAAAUUUAUGGUCCUCAUGCGGGUUUGGAAUAUGUGCAGGAUUGGUUCGAUGGGAUGCGAUUACGCAAAGGUUGGGAGCUUAACUAG